AAAACCAAAAAACAAAAUGAUAAUUGGGAUAAUAUUUGCGAAAAAGUUGAGUCUUGGUCAACAAAGUCAACGGACGAUAAAGAAGAAUCUUUUGAAACCACCUUACCGACUGUUGAAUUUGAUAAUCAAUUCUCUGUUCUUGAAUUAAAAUUUUAUACAAGAUAUGAAGAAUACGUUGAAGAUGUGAGAAGAAAAGAUACUGAGAAAUAUGAAAAAUUCAAGAUGUAUUUCUCAUUUUUGGAUGCAUAUAUCCGUAGUUACCAUAAUCUGUUUCAUGAUGCGAUAUGGUAUUACAGAAAAGCAGGUGCAUUUGAUUUAUUGCUGUGGAGAAGAAAGCAAUAUGAGGAGGAUUUUGAGUAUACGAUAGGAGUUUUAAACAAGAAUUUUAGUUAUAUUUACCUCUUAAGUUAUGAUGAUCUGUUAGAAUACGCUGAAAAUAAUCUUGUAUUUUAA